AUGGACGCAUACCACGAGUUCAUAGAGCCAACCAGGGUGAGCCAUUGCGUGGGUGCCAACUUCAUCUCGCCAUCGGUGAAGCACCUCAUCGUGGGGAAAGCCACGCUUCUCCAGGUGUUUGAAGUGAUAACAUUGAAGCUGGCCAAGCCUGGCCAACCACAGCACCACCUCAAGCUUGUGGAGCAGUACAAGCUCCACGGGCUUAUCACAGACUUAAAACCGCUCCGGACUAUCGAAAACCCCGAGUUGGACUACUUGAUGGUAGCCACCAAGUUUGCCAAGUUUUCCAUCAUUAAAUGGGACCACUACAACCACACAAUCUCGACGGUAUCGCUCCAUUUCUACGAGAACUUGAUCCAGAACUCCACGUACGAGAAGCUCUCGAGAACCCUGCUUUUGUUGGAGCCCACCUUCAACUCAAUCAGUUGUGUGAGAUUCAAGAACUUGUUGACGUUCUUGCCGUUUGAAACCUUGGACGAUGACGAAGAUGACGACGACGACGACGACGCAGACGCAGACAGCCCAAACCGUGAAAAAGUCCCUGACCAGCUCUUUGACUCCAGUUUCCUCGUCGAUGCGCAGAACUUGGAAUCCUCCAUCGGCAACAUCGUCGACUUGCAAUUCCUCCACCAUUUCAGAGAACCCACCAUGGGAGUUUUAUCUCUGAAGUCCAACACCUGGGCCGGGAUCUUACCAAAAGUCAAAGACAAUAUCCAAUUCAUGGUUCUUACAUUAGAUGUGAUAUCGAAAACCGCAGUCUCUGUAUUCAAGGUUGAGAACUUACCAUACGACAUUGAUAGAAUUAUUCCCUUGAAAGCUCCUUUGAACGGUAGUUUACUUGUGGGAUGUAAUGAGUUGAUUCAUGUAGACAACGGAGGAAUUGUCAGAAGAAUAGCGGUGAAUGCAUUCACCUCCGCCAUCACCGCUUCUUCCAAGAGUUACGCAGACCAGACCGACCUCAACUUGAAAUUAGAGGGCUCAUCCUUCGUGCAAAUUCCUCAGGACCAUAGAUUGUUGAUGAUUAUGGAACGCGGUGGGUUCUACUACGUCAAUUUUGAGGUUGAUGGUAAGGCGAUCAAAAGCUUCGUGAUAGAGCCAAUUGAUAAAAGUGCUUAUCAAAAUAUAGAGGCGGCCUUUGUCACCGAAACAGCCAUCCUCGACAACAAUCUUAUGUUCAUUGGAAGUGCCAAUGGUAGCAGUCCCUUAAUUUCCUGGGACUAUCAAGAAUCACAUAAGACCCGUGAGGAACAGGUAGAAAUCAACAAGGAAGAAGAUAUGGACGAUGAUGAAGACUUAUACAACGAGGAAGAAGAAGAUGGUGGCAAUAAAAAGGUGGUCAUCACUAACUCCAUGAUUGAGUACACGAAACACGAUGAGCUAGUCAACAAUGGACCUAUUUCCAACUUCACCUUGGGUUACUACAAUACAGAAAAGUAUAAAUCCAAGCUUAGAAACCCCAACUUUGAUGAAGUCUCCAUUAUCUCCAAUGGUGGUACUCAUGAACAAGGAAAGUUGAAUAUCAUUACCCCGAGUAUUCACCCCACGAUAUCUUCGUCCCUUAGUUUUUCUCAAAUCAACAGAAUGUGGACCAUCAACAAGAAAUACCUCAUCACCUCUGAUGAUGUUAAUUCCAAAUCCGACAUUUUUCAGUUUGAAAAGUCAUUCGCCAGAUUAAGCUCUGACGACUUCAUUAGUGAUCAAUCGACAAUUGCAAUGCAUGAGUUGAAUAAUGGUAAAUUUAUCUUGCAAAUCACCUCCAAAGCCAUUAGAUUGUACGACAGUUCUUUCAAAUUGCUCUUGGCCAUCGACGAAAUCAAGGAUGAUGAAAUAGUUAACACUACAUUGAAGGAUGAAUUUUUGAUGUUAUUCUUGUCGAGAGGUGACGUCAAAAUCUUUGCCAUCAAUACCUAUAACGAAACCUACACUACCUUGGAAAUUCCAAAAAUUCUUAACGACACAAUCAUCACUUCGGGGUAUAUCACCAAUUCUACAUUAUUAAAUGCGGUACUGAAGGAUGUCAACCUAUUGUUGAAUAAAGGAGUGAAGAGAAAACACAGUUCAGCUAGCAAACUUGAAGAUGCAACCGACCCCAAGUCUGCUCCUGUAUCUGACAUCAAAACCAAAACGUUUAUACUAGUAACUGGUGAUAACAGAAUAGUGGCGUUCAAUAGAUUCCAUAACCAAAGGUGUUACCAGCUUAAUGACGUUAGUAUUUUCACUGAUCAGUUGACAUUAGGCUUCUUUGAUCCAAACUCGUCUGAUCCUGAUCCGUUUAUCAAGCAAGUGAUGUUGAACGAAUUAGGAGACGAAAAACACAAGGAAGAAUACCUUACAAUUUUAACUAUUGGGGGUCAGGUCCUUAUGUACAAGCUUUUCCACGAUGGGGAGAACUAUAGAUUCGUCAAAGAAAAGGACUUAGCACUUACAGGAGCCUCCAUGACUGCUUACUCUAUUGGUACUGCAAUUGAAAGAAGAAUGGCUUACUUUCCUAAUUUGAAUGGAUACACUGGUAUUUUUGUGACAGGUGUAACGCCAUUCUUAAUUCUUAAGCCCACCCAUUCCAUUCCAAGAAUCUUCAAAUUCACGAAGAUUUCCGUGGUUUCAGUUGCUCCAUACGAUGAUUCCAAGGUCCAAAACGGUUUGAUUUUCCUUGACAAUGAUAAAAAUGCCAGAAUUGGAAAUUUACCUUUGGACUUCAACUAUGAGAAUACAUGGCCAAUAAAACAAAUCCAUAUCGGAGAACUGAUCAAAUCCAUCACUUACCAUGAAUCUUCAAAUGCUUAUGUUCUUUCUACAUUCACAGAGAUCCCAUACGACUGUUUGGAUGAAGAAAACAACCCUAUUGUCGGAAUUGACAAAACCAAGCCAGGCGCAUUAUCAUACAAGGGAUCAAUCAAAUUGAUUUCACCAAUCAAUUGGAGUGUUAUUGAUAGCGUUGAAUUGAAGGACAAUGAGAUCGGUAUGACUAUCAAGUCAAUGGCUUUGGAUGUUGGUUCAUCCGUAAAAAAGUUCAAGAAUAAGAAGGAGUUUAUUGUGAUCGGUACUGGUAAAUAUAGAAUGGAGGAUUUGAGUUCUAAUGGUUCGUUUUUAAUCCUUGAAAUUAUUGACAUUAUCCCCGAGCCUGGCCGUCCUGAAACUAACCACAAGUUCAAGGAGGUCUUCAAGGAGGACACCAGAGGUGCUGUGACUUCGGUGUGUGAGGUAAGUGGAAGAUUCUUGGUUUCCCAGGGUCAAAAGGUUAUUGUGAGAGACUUGCAAGAUGAUGGUGUUGUUCCAGUUGCCUUCUUGGAUACCUCGGUCUACGUGACGGAAUCAAAGAGUUUUGGAAACUUGUUGAUUUUAGGAGAUUCAUUGAAGAGUAUUUGGCUUGUAGGCUUUGAUGCUGAGCCCUUCAGAAUGAUAAUGUUGGGCAAAGACUUACAGUCCUUGGACGUCAAUUGUGCUGAUUUCAUUGUGAAAGAUGAGGACAUUUAUGUGUUGAUUGCUGAUAAUAACAACAUCCUUCACUUGGUGCAGUACGACCCUGAAGAUCCCUCCUCACUCAAUGGACAGAGAUUAAUCAACAAAGCGUCGUUUGCGGUCAACUCUUCUGUCACUUGUAUGAGGUCGCUUCCAAAGGUGGAAGAAACGUACGAUUAUGAACAAGGUAAAAAGGGUGUUAGAUUAACCGGAGAUUUCCAAUCCAUUGCGUCUACAAUCGAUGGGUCCUUUAUUAAUGUCUUCCCGUUGAGCGAGGCGUCUUAUAGACGGUUGUACAUCAUUCAGCAACAAUUGAUUGACAAGGAGUACCAUUACUGUGGAUUGAACCCGAGAUUGAAUAGGUUUGGUGGAUUGUCUGUGACCAUGAACGAUAUUAACACCAAGCCAAUCUUGGACUACGAUGUCAUCAGAGGCUAUGCCAAAUUGAACAUCGAUAGAAGAAACUAUCUUGCCAGCAAGGUAGGCUCAAAACAGGGAAUGUAUGAGAUCUGGAAGGAUCUCAUCGAGUGUGAGAUAGUAUUGAGGAAUUUAUAG